UAUCGAUCGGCUACUACCGCCGACACAGUGAAAAACGCGUGUAAGUGCAGUUGACGCCUAUUUAUAUACGAGAGUUUUACACGUCCGAAAUUUUUUUCCAAACCCUAAAAAAAAAAAUAAAAAAUAAAAAAUAAAUACCAUAAAUACAGCAAGUUUGUUUACGAGAGCGUACUUAGCUCUCUCAUUUAUACAAACCCGUGUUCAAAUAAUCAGUCAAAAUUCCAUUCUCAACGUUCAAACAAUCUUUCACCACCAAUGUCAAUUAUUUGAAACGAAGGUUCUCUUCGGGAGACCUAUCUUCGGAAGCAGACGAUGCCGACCCUUCGAUGGCUCCCACCGACCGGCCGCCGGCUUCUGGGGCGCAGUCACAACAACGCGCCCAACAGCGGCAGUACGCGUCCAAACCAUCGCGUUCGCAAGCCGCCACGCCCGCAUCCGAGGCAGCGGACAUGCGACUGGAAUUCCAGCAACAGCAACCGGGUAACCGGACCAUAAGCGCACCGACCAGUCCAGCCAAGACGAGAGACUCGAUACUACAGCGUGUCCAAUCACUGACGGACGCGGCUAAGGAGAAGGCCAGUUCGAUAAGCAACGACAUCAAGUAUGCGGCAGCAACACGAAGACAGCAGAGAGUGAACAAAGACCGUUUGUUAACGUUACUUGUGGUGGACGACGAGAACUUUGAUUGGUCUAGAUACUUCCGGGGCAAACGGUUCUUUGGUGAUUUUGAGAUACACGUCGAACAGGCGGACAUAAAAGACUUAACGGUGACCGCGAGCGCAGAACGAGGAUGCACAGUCAGCAUGGCGGUACUUUCACCGUCUGGUUCUCGGGUAGUCCGUUCGUUCAGACCGGAUUUCUUCCUGUGCCGGCAGAGCGUCAGAGAUGCCAGUAAAGAUUAUCGAAACGUCUUGUUGGGACUGAACAUCGGCGGUGUGCCCAGCAUCAAUUCUCUACACUCGUUGUACAACUUCCAGGAUAAACCGUGGGUGUAUGGACAAUUGGUACAACUUCAAAAAAAAUUGGGCAAGGAAAACUUUCCGUUGAUCGAACAGACUUUCUACCCGAGUUCAGGUGAAAUGUCUGUAGCCACUCAAUUACCAGUGGUCCUCAAAGUCGGGCACGCUCAUGGAGGCGUUGGAAAAAUAAAAGUCGAAAAUAAUUCCGACUUCCAAGAUAUGACAUCAAUUGUAUCUGUUGCCGCAACGUACUGCACCACCGAACCUUUUGUCGAUAGCAAAUACGAUCUUCAUUUAACUAAAAUUGGACCUCAUUAUAGAGCAUUGAUGCGUAAAAGCAUAUCGGGCAAUUGGAAAUCGUGUGUUGGUUCAGCAAUGUUGGAAGAAACAGAAGUUCUAGAAAGAUAUAAAUUUUGGUUGGAUUCUGUGGCAGAACUUUUUGGUGGUUUGGAUAUUUUGUCAUUGGAAGUAGUUGUCUCUAAAGAUGGAAUAGAACAAAUAAUUGGCGUCAAUGACUCUGCAUUAUCUCUGCUGGGAAAUCAGCAAGAAGAAGAUAGAAAAUAUAUUUUCGAUUUGAUCAUGGAAAAAUUAGAAACACAAGUUUUGGCCAAUAUGAAUCUUCAAGCAGUCACCCAAACACAAGAAGAAGAACCAACAGCUAUUCUGGCGAGACGAGACUCUUUGGUUUCAGAGAGUAGCGUCACCAGCGGCCAUCAGUCUAGUCAACCGGUGAAAGCAAAUCUGAGCCGUCAAGGUUCCAUAAUUUCAGCUCCGACUCUUGCUCCGGCGCAGCAAAAUAAAGGACAAUUGGACGAUACAGAAGAUACGAUGAAAAAUUUAAGGAAAACGUUUGCUGGAAUCUUUGGUGAAAUGUAAACACGGACUCGCUAGAAUAACAAUACUGGAAAAUCGACAAAAAAAAUAUU